AUGCCUCCAAAAGUGCUGAUUGUUCUCACCUCUCAGGAUACAAUCCCCGCCAAUAACCAUCCCACAGGCUGGUAUCUACCUGAAUUCGCUCACCCGUGGGAAGUCCUGCACGACAAAACCGAGCUGGUCAUCGCCUCCCCCAAGGGUGGUGAGGCCCCCCUCGAUCCGGCCUCGGUCAAAGCCUCCGAAAACGACCCCGUCGCGACCAAGUUCCUCAACGAGCAGAAGAGUCUCUGGACCAAUACAGAAAAGCUGUCGGAUGUGUUGCCCAAGGUCUCGGAGUUUGAUGCCAUCUUCUACGUCGGCGGUCAUGGACCUAUGUUCGAUCUCCACAACGAUGAAACCUCCAUCGCCCUCAUCGAGGCCUUUUCCGAAGGCAGGAAGACCAUCGCCGCCGUGUGUCACGGUCCCGCCGCCCUGAUCAAGGCCAAGACGCGCUCGGGUGUCCCUCUGCUGUCGGCCGCGACAGUGACGGGCUUCUCCAACGCCGAGGAGGAUCAGGCGCAAAUGUCGUCCGUCAUGCCGUUCAUGCUGGAGGACGAGCUGCAGAAAGUCACAGGCCACCGGUACGUCAAGGCCGAUGAGCCGUGGGGGGAGAAAGUGGUCCUGUCCAAGACGGCGGGCACGGCGACCACGUUGAUUACGGGACAGAACCCGGCGAGUGCGACGGGCGUCGCGAAGGAGAUUCUGCGAGCGUUGGGACUGGCGUAG